AAAGCAGUUACCAUGUUGUUUAUUCCUGGCUUGAACUGAACCCUGAAGGAGACUUUUCCUUCAACAAUUUGGCAUCCCAGAUAGGACUCCAAGCUAACAUCUCCAGUGGACUGUCUCAUAAGUCCCAUUUGUGGACGGGUUUCCCAGACCCUGGCCAUGUGGAGCGAGGGUAGUAAAAGGGAGUUUUGAGUUUGAGCUCAAGGACUGCUUUGGAAAGAAGGUGGGUACCUCUAAAUUUUAACUUUUAAAGCGCAGGGGAGCAAAGGAAAUGUCUGUAUGUCUCUGUGAGAAUGAGAAGACCCUUUUUCCAUCACAGUUGGAUUUUGCUCCUUCCGGCUUUUCCUAACUGCAGAAAGGAUUUUUUUAAAUGACAGACCCUGGAAAGCAUGGGGGUUUGGCCAGAGCACAGAACCUUUUGUUAGGGAAAAGGGAGAGGCUGUGUCUUCUGCAUGCUUUUUUCUCUCUCUCUCUCUGAAAACCACUGUCCUUCGGCUCAUGGGUUCCCUCCAAAUAUUCAUUACAUUCUCAAAUGUAAAAUAAACACAGGCACACAUCCUGCCCAACUUGCUUCCUGCUUGCUAACGAUUUCUCUGGAAUUUUCUGAUGGAAACCCAAUUCAAGGACUGAGGUUGGUUUCCUGUCUUCCUUUUUUUCUCCAUUGCAAGGGUUAACUGCAAUUCCUGGCUUGUUUGAUCAGUCAAAACUCCUCCCUGGCUCACAAAAUGCCUACUUUUCUCCAAAGAACCUGUUUGUUAAAAAGGCUGCUUGCACUGAACUUCAGACACUCUUCAAGAUGUCCUUCUGGGUGGCAGUUGUGGUUCCCUUGAUGGUCAGUCUUUUGGGGGCCCUCUACCUGAUAGGCUUCUUCCGCCGAAGACAACCCAAUGAACCCCCUUUGGAUAUAGGACUCAUUCCCUGGCUCGGACAUGCAUUGCACUUCCGAAAUGACAGUAUGGAUUUCCUGCAAAGCAUGCAGAAGAAACAUGGAGACAUCUUCACCAUCUUGAUUGCAGGACAGUACUUCACCUUCUUGAUGGACCCGUUGUCUUUUGAUGGCAUCAUCAGGGAAGCCCGAAGCAAACUGGACUUUAUGUCAUAUGCAGCUGAGCUGGUCCUCAGGGUGUUUCGAUUUGAGGCCUCCCAUGACACUCACAAGAUCAUCGAAGUCUGCAGUGCAAAACAUCUGAAGGGAGAGGGCCUGGUGGUGAUGACCCAACCUAUGAUGGACACUUUACAGGCUGUCUUAUUCCAGUGGCAAGAAACCUCCAAAGAGGAUCCAAAGUCCUGGAAAGAAGACGGCUUGUACCACUUCUGUUACAACACGGUCUUCCGAGCUGCAUAUCUGGCUUUGUAUGGUACUGAAACAACUAAAGGUGAAAACCAGAAAGAAAAGGCGAAACGAAAAGACCAGCAUCACACUGAAGAGUUGUACGUUGAAUUUUGCAAAUAUGACAAGCUCUUCCCACGCCUAUCGUACGCCUUGUUGACCCCGUGGGAGUGGGUCCAAGUGAAGAACCUCUGGAACUAUUUCUGGAAGGUGCUUUCAGUGAAGAACAUCUACCAGAAGGAAAACACCAGCCGGUGGAUCAGUGACCAGGAUCAACAGCUGGCCGAAAGUGGGAUUUCAGAAGAGAUGAGAGACUGGUACAUGUUCCUGCUCCUUUAUCUUGCUCUUAGUAGCCUCAGUCCAGUUUCCUUCUGGCUUCUGGAGUACCUGAUGAAGCAUCCCAAAGCCAUGGAAGAGGUCAAGAAGGAGAUCCUGGAGGUGGUGAAGAAGUCAGGCCAAGAGGUGACCUCCCAUGAGAAGCCCUUGAACAUCACCAAGGAGAUGCUAAACCAAACGCCUAUCCUGGACAGCGCUUUGGAAGAGACGUUGAGAUUGGUAUCGACAUCGUUUUUGAUCCGGGUGGUUUUACAAGAUAUGGAUUUGAAGCUCCACAACGGGAAGACAUACCUGCUGCGUAAAGGCAAAUAUCUCAAACCAUCUGAACAAUUUUGAAUGCCUGUUCACCCCACUCUAUGUGGUAACAAUAAAACAAAUGUUGCUGCUUUCUAGCAUUUAUAUUUCAGAUUUUAUUUGUCUAUAAUCAGUGAAGUAUAAUAGAAUAUUUUUUUUAGAUUACAUUGUGACAUUAUAGCUAGCCUAGUAAAUCAAUGGGUACAGCUCAUUUUGGAAUUUUCUUUAAAGUUCAAGAUAUCUACUUUUGCUGUUUCUCUUUUUGGUGGUUUUUUUUUUUUUUUUUUUUUUUGCUAUUUUUGACCUGUAAAUUUGGAAUAAUGGGAAUAUAAUUU